GAAGCCAUCGUCCACGAUGUCGGCAACAGCGACACCGCUAUCAGCAAAACACCCAGUCACGCACACCCUAGCCUUUACAUCCCGAUCGUCCCCUUCUAUACCGCCUGCUGUUCAAGCCUAUGAACCCCUCCUCAAGUCCGUUCUUGGCAACAGGCUGUUGUACAACAUAUUUGCCUACUCUGCUCUUUUUUCUUUUACUUUGAGCGUGUUAUUCAUUGGAAAUGGUGACGCGAGCCUCGGUCUUUUAACGCGAUUGGUGAGGUCUGGGACUUGGGCGGUGGCAGCCACUACCUGGGUUGUUGGCGUCUUACCAGUUGCUGUGUUGCGGAAGGUGUAUCUAACCGGUGCAUCUCCUCCAGCUACUUCACCCUCAAAAAUCUUGCAAAAUGCACUCGGGAAGCCAAGCACAUUGCGUUCACUCAGUGUAUAUGUUACGUCUGCCAUCUUCUUGGCUGUUAUGCAUGUGACACUUGCAAAAUUAGAGGAAACAUCUGGGCAGGGAGAUCGUCGUCUAUCUGUCUUUGUCAAAUCGAGAAAACAUCCCUAUUAUCUGAAUGGACGAUUUAUCUUUCUAAUGUGCUCACAAGCCUGGUUAGCAGGCACUUUCUUCCUCAGAAAUAUCAUGCUGGACCGAUUUGUAUUCCGGUUUUCGCUGGGUAGCCCUACAACGCAUAGUCGGCGUUGGCUCUUCUCGGUCGGAGAUCUCAUGAAACUACUCUUAACUAUCUCGCUUUUCGUGACUUUGUCGUUUGGUCUGUAUGGUGUUGCUUUUGGGCUUGCGAGGUCUAUCAUAUUACCAAUCCUGUUCAAGAUUCCAAUUUUACAUCAUCUUCUUCGCCCAUUUACCGCUCAUUUCCUGAGAGGCUCAUGGACGCUCUUAAUGCCAUUGCGCAACUUCUCGUUAGUCUUGCGGACCUUGUCCCUAGGCAUGAUAACUCUGGUGAAUUGGGAGUUUGCGGAGGCUUUAUUUGAUGUCUAUAUUCCUCAACCUAUCAAAACUGCGCAAACUACUGCUGAUCCAAGCGUGACUCUGAUAUCUGGUAUCAGCUCUCAAGACCCUAUAUUUCGCCAGUACGCAUAUUCGGAACUCAUCGACUUGGCCUUGGAAGAUUCGCCAAUGGCAAGUGAACGAAGAACCACCUUAUUUGGAGACCAAAAGUACAACCCGAGCCUAUGGAGUAGCCUAGCCCGGGAGGCGCUACUGGCUCUUGGAAGGGACUAUCAGCUACUUUUGAGGAGGGGCAAACCUGUCCCUGUUGUUGCUCCAAGUGAAUCUAAACCAGUCACGAAGACACCGCAAGCUCCUUCUACUCCGCUAAUUCGUCAGCCAAUAUUCAAGGCCUCCCGCCAAUCUCCUUUGACGUCUGUUCUCGACUCCUUUGCCUCAGAUUCCAAACUUGCUGAGGCAGUAGAGAUCACAGCAGAAGCCAGUAAAAGCAAUGUUCCUGAACUCUUUCGCUCAGUUAUGCAUGUCCCCGCUUCAACACCGCAGAGUCAGAAGCCUUCUACGACAAGUGCUACUGUGAUUGCAGUGACGCAACCAGUAAGUGUAGGUAAUGGGCUCAUAGCGCGUAUAAAGGGGAAAGGGAAGGAAGCUAUUAUAGAAUACUGUCCACACAAGAUAAAGCAAGUGGUUGGCUCUUGCAUUGAGUGGUGGGGGAGAGAGAGGAUUAACAAAGUUGUUGAGGCAUGUUUACCCCAUCGAGAGUUGGAUGCUCUGGUGGUUGAAGUUCUUUCGCGCAUGGUCUGUGCAUCACUGACCGAAGAUCGAUUUGGAGUCGUCCAGCGUGAUAUACCCCGUAUUCUUGAAGCCUUUUUAUCUUUCCUAUCUGCCAUCGAGGAGUAUCACCAAGAGGUUAACGCAUUAUAUACCCCGCCAUCUCCGGAAGAACUCUCAAAGCUUAGUGCACAAGAGCUGGGCGAGAAGGAGCGUAAGAGGAUAGAAGUUGCACGGGCAGCAGAGGUGUUCGGUGUGGUUGGAGAUGCUCUGAAAGCUGCUGUCGCAAGGAUUGCGCUGACUUUUGGAGACAAGCUGCUGGCAUUCAAGUUUCCGCCACGAACUGCGAAAAAACUACAGGCUUUUGUCGACUAUAAUUAGAACAGACCCGACCGAUUUUACCUCACUUCACACCCUUGAAGUUGUCAAACGGCCAAAAGUAUGGAAGGUGUCCGUGACGAUAUGUCAGGUCUAGGUCAAACCUAACUUUACUGAGAGCACUGAUCUACCUAUUUUGUCGAGUAGUAAAUUUCAGCUAAAGUAAUCGCACUCGAGCAACAGUAUCUACCCCACGUUCGCGGGGUAGUGAUAGCUUAUAUAGGUGUCCUUUGAGUGCGUAGAACUUGAAUGGUGCACGUG